AUGGUCUGGUACAAUCUAUAUGUCAUUUCCUUUACAGCUCCAGGAGCAGCAGACCCAAAGUCUUCCCACCACGCGAUUCUGAUUGUUCCUACGGCUCGAUACACCUCCGACGACGCUACAGUUCCCGGACCAAGUGUUUACUUUUUGGAGUAUCAUGGGCUUAUUUAUGAUAAGGUCACUGGUUCCCGUACUUUCCCACCGCAAACUUCAUCUAUUUUGGCAGAAUAUUAUAUUCCUAAAGAUCUACCUAAUAUUACUGAAAAUUCAGAUUACGAUGACGACAAAAACGAUGACACUUGUAACUCGGAAUUUAGUAGCGCAGUUUCAAGCCGAUGCUCAACCCCAGCACCGCCUGUUUCCCCUCCUCUUAUCUCAUCUCCGGUGGCUAAAGAUGGAGCAGCAAAACCUGGAGAGUCUGAUACUGUGGAUUCUACUUGUGCUACUAACCCCGCAGACGUUGCUGAUACAGCUGCCCCGGGGAGGCCACUUAUUCGUGCGCCACAACCAAUUUCCUAUCAAGACUGGUUGCUGCGUGCAACAGGCCACACUUCGACACAAACCUCUAUUCAAUCUAAUUCAGAACCUACAAAAUCUAUAUCUCCAAACUUGACUGUAUCUCCAGCAUCCCCAGCAUCCCCAGCGUCUCAAGCUUCGGUCGUUUCGCCACCACGCACCCCAAGUCCAGCUCACACGCCUCUUCAGAUACGUAUGGAAACCCCUGGAACUCCAGAGUAUCUUUAUUUGCAUGGCCCUGAGUACCCUAUUUCAGGUUAUCGGUUAUUGGGUCGUACCCAAGAUCCCGAAGGCAUGGUGCAUCAAGCGGAAACCAUUACCAAAAUGCUACAGGCUAAUAUAAACAAAAAUGAUAUCGAACAUGAUAGAGAAGUUGGUCCAGAGGCUGGACUGUCUUGGAUUAACAGUGUCAUUGAUUCCUGUAUUUUACAGCGUAUUUUUUGGCCAUUGGACGAAACUGAAGACCGGUACUUGGAUUUGAAAGCACUCGAACAUCAUAAAUUGCCUGAAACUUCCCGGGGUCCUCGUAUAAUGGGACUUGGUCAAACAGAGCCUGAGACAGACGGAAAAAAGGAUGUCCAUGUAGCGGCAGUAUCCUCGGUUAAAGCAUCGUCACCAUCUCGUCCGGCCCCAAUUUCCAUCCCACCUGCUAGUAAGCGUAUUUUUGUGCGCAAAGAAGAUCUUUCUCCAGUACUACAAGAUUCAGAUUAUAAACGCCGUAUGGCUCGACGCGAGGCACGUCGAGUGCGUCGUCUUGAAAAAUCAAAAGCUGCUACUGUUUCUGCUUCGAAAAAGCAUUCGCACCGACGAUGGUGCGACCGGAGUCAUGGUUCUGACUCCAAAGGUGAUGAUGGUAUCGCCGAUGGAGGGAAAACGCGGCAUCAUAGACAUCAUUUUUCCCGCUCACACCACCAUUCCCGUCAGGCUCCUACCCCAACUGCUGCACUGGUGACGACUACGGCACCAGGAACUGCAGUGACUGGAGGAGGAUCCAACUCGCAUUUUGAGCUCAAGCAUCAUUUGUUAUGGUUUGAUCAGCAUAAUAAUGAUUCAGACAGUCGAGCUCGAACCCCUCGGUCUGAGUCGGAACCACCAAAUCGAGUGCUACAGCCGAAUUCUUCUCCUUCCCAGUCUCCUUCUCAAUCACCUCACCGAAUGCGUCGAAUGCGCAUGUUAUGGGGCCGUUCCAAAAGUCCCUCAGAAUAG